AUGCAGACAACUGAUUACAGUAGCCGUGCACGCGAUGUCGCGGACGUCUUACUAGACUCGCAUUUUGUGAGAAAUAACCGGCUAUCUGGUUCAAAUUAAGGGUUUCGUUUCUGAAAAAUCGAGUAAGAAAACAGAAAAAACACAAUGAUAAUAAAGAAAACACAAAAAAACGCUAUCCCAAUUGAAACCUGCGUAAAAUCAUCAUUUUUCACCUAAGAAGCAUUUUUUCGAUCAAAGUUUGCAAAUUAUACAUGAAUAGAAAGCUUUUGUGACGGAAAGAACUUUGACGACAACAGAAAACAUUGAAAAUUGAAAGAAACAAAGGAAAAAGCGAAAAUCCGGAAGAUAGUGAAGCGUGUUGUCCAUAGAGCAACUUUACUGCAAAGUGCCCUUUUGGCGGGAACUCAAGCUUUCCUUUCUCCGAUUUUGAACUAUUUUUUCUUCAAAACUAGGAAGUUCGGUACGUUCCCAAGUUUAUCGUUCGAUUCGCAAUGAAAAACUCUACAAAGUACUGCUUUGAACUGAAACACCGUUUUUUACUGCCCCUAUGCCUUUAAAGAGGAAGGCUCAACGUUUUCAUCUACCUUUCGCAAAGAAUUUCAUUGACUCUCGAGACAUUUCAUCAAAAAAUCAAGGUUUUCCGUCAUCCGGAAAGCUACCGAUGGCGUCACUUUGUAAAUUCUCAAUCAUCCGAAAAAAAAGUUUCCAGUUUUGUGGCAAAAUUUAGCAACCAACAUCAACUUGAGGCGGCAUUUGCCCUCUCACCCGAAAAAAUGAGCCAUUUUGAGCGCUCCGUGCGGCGGUCUCUUCCUUCGAACCGGCUUUCCGGACUCAACCUACGUGA